GAGUUGUGACAAUCGGCAUUUUUGAGAAUGAAACGUGUGAGGUUUGCAAGGAGCACCAAUCAUGCGCGGUGGGCAAAAAACGGCGCUUCUUCAAGCAACCCGAAAAGUCUGAGACAUCGAGAAAAUGUCAUGAGUCGUUAUGCUGCAAAAACGGAACAAGAGGACAAAUUGACUAAAUCCGCUCUAGAUCAACUCAGUGCGCUUAGCUUUGGAGACGAUAGCAAAACGGCUCCAAUGGAGACUGAGUUUGAUUUUGAUGCAAAGACAAUUGACACAACCUUCUCGGCGUUUUCUGUCGCAUCUUGUGCCUCUUUUCGAGGCAUUGAGUCGCACUGGAGUCGCAUUGUUGAUGACCCAGUUGCGAAAGAGAUCUGCUCAUUGGCUAGUAUGCUGACUGAUUUAACCAAUCAGAACGAAGAUAUCGAAAGUGAAAAAUGUAGAGAUCCAGCCGAUCAGCAAGCGAAUGCAGAUGAUCCGUUGCAAAGAGUGAAACAGUUCGGAGCUCUGGUAGUUUUCAUUUCAAAUAAUGAGACCCAAGAGUCGACACUAACUGCAGCCUACUACCUUCUGUCAUUGAUAAUUGGAAAAGUGAACCCGCAGAUUCUUAGAAACCAGUUUGCAGAUGUAAUUCCCUAUGUUAGGUCUCAUCUUACGCAGUAUUUCAAGUCUUCCAAUGUCUUAAUGUUGAAGUCGGCAUUGACUUGCUUUGCUGAGUUCAUAUGUCGUCAGCCAAUGAAAACUUUACUGGAUUUAAAAGUUGACGCAGAGUUACUGAUGUCGUUCAUUCAUCACGAUUUCGCAAAAGUCAGGAAAACUUGUUUCCGGUUGGUUAACUUGAUAUUCCACAAUAGCGAUGUCGUUACGCAAAAUGUAUGCAAACCGAGUCAACAUCCUUUUGUGGUUGUCAUUUCCAAGAAUUUGCAUGAAAGCUUACUAGAUGAUACGAAACCGAUGUCGAUGAAAAUGAGAAUGUUGAACUUGCUUCAAGUGGUUAUUGUGCAUAAUUCAGACGACUUGUUCAAAGUAUCUUUAGAAACUUGUCUCUCUGUAUGCAGUAGAACCGAUUUACUACUGAAGAAAAAAGCAUUUCAGCUCGUUUCUUUAGUUUUCAAAGAUGAAUCAAACGAGUGUAUUGUAGAUCCGAAACUGAACGGCCAGUUAUUGUCAGCUUUGGAGGAACUGAAACCUUCAUUUUUCGACCAAGAUUUGGUGUCGUGCUGGCUGUCUGUGUACGAAUCAGUGUUGAUUAAUUUAUCCAAAUUGAGUCCCCAACUUUUCUCAUCACAUUUCAUUUCGUUUUUGUCGUUUGGAGUUACCACAGUUUUUGUCUCUCAAAUUAAGGCAACCGUAUCUCAGUACGUUAAAAUUUUAUGUGGGAUUUUUGAUAAUUUGCCUAAUAGUAUAAGAGACAUCUGGUUUGAGAGCAAGCAUGAUAAACUUUCGGAUGUUUCAAAACUGUCUGAAAUUGUUUCAGAGCUAACGAACUUCAAAUACAGUGAUAACUUCUUAGCGGUCUUCACUUUCAUCGGUAAAGUUUACUCGGCUUUAGGGGCUGACUUUUACCCACUUUUCGAACCCAGCGUGAUAAAUUUAUGCACUUUGAGAACUAACAAUAGUGAGUUUUACGGGCUGCCGAUUGUGCUCAAUAAAGCCAUUGGCAGUUUCGGUCCAGAUAAGAUUCUUCAGAGCUACCCGUUGAAUAUCCGAGGCGAGCCUGGCGAAGAUUUGAUGAGGUCUUGGAUGAUACCGCUCCUCCGAGCAGGUGUUGUUAACUCGCGUCUUUCUAUCUGGCAGUCUCAUUUUUACCCAAUUGCCAAGAAUGCCGAGAAGAAUAUGGAAGGCUUAUUCAAAGAGCCUAGCCAGCAAAAAGUUUUAGCAGUUCUUCGAUCUCAAAUUUGGGGACUGCUGCCGACCUUUUGUCUAAACUGUCAAGAUGCGAAGGAGUCAUUCUCGCCUGGCUUUGCGAAGCAUCUCUCAAUGUUAAUAUCGGAGAAUCAUGCCUGCACUUCUGAGAUUUUGGACGCUAUCGCAGCAAUGCUGAAGUCGACAAAUUUUGAGACAGUAGAAACAAUGAUUAAGUAUGCUAAGAACUAUAUGCCCCAAUUUUUCAACCUUUAUCUUGAGGAGAAAACCAGUAUUCAACAUCGCAAAACGGUUCUUCGAAUCCUAGAACUGUUCUUUGGGAAGAUUGACAAAGCGCAAUUCACGUCGUACUUCGAAAAUACUGUGCACAGAGUUUUGGCUACCGAAACUAAUAUUGAAACGAAAAAACUACUGGUUGAUUUGAUUCGAGAAAUGGUGUCUUUCUUAGAAGACGAACAACUUCAAAAUUUGUUUACAUCUCUAAUGCCAGAUUUGUUGAAGCAUGACGAGCUCAACAAGAAAGUGAUCUUAAUUCUCAAGAAGUAUCUCAACUCGAUUUCUGACGAUCCGUCAGAAGAAAAAUCGACAAGUUGUGUUCAUUUGAUUAAAAAUUUCAUGCCAAAUUUGAUGCACACUUUCGACAGUGGAUCCAACUCGGCCCGAAAACAAGUUUUGAAAUGCUUCUUGCAGCUGAUUGGUCAGAAAAAGAACUUCGACUUGGUUCAUGUUAAUGAAAUAUUGCCCAGAGCAGUGUUGGCUAUGAAACUAGAACGAGGUCCAGCCAAAGAAGUGUCGGUGAAGCUGUUCAAAGCGUCUUGCAAACGAUAUGUGGACGAGUCUAAGCUUCAAAUAUCAGAAGCAGUGGAACGUCUAGCGAGUACUUUGCUUAAAGACCUGGAACCUACAUGUUCCGAUCAGACCAUUGCAAGUCUGAUUGCGUUGAAGUAUUUAGUGGCUCUUUACUCUGAAAAUAUGGUCGUAGAUUUGUACAAGAAGUUGUUCUUCCUGCUGUCAGAUUACAUCAAAAACGCCAAUCGUCCCGUGUUUUUCGAACCUGCUUUCCAAUUACUUAAAGUAAUAAUCUCUGUCAUCGAUAGUCCUAACUUGUAUCAAUUCUGCGAGAAAAUUGUAACGGAGCUCAACGAUUGGAAUGAAAAGACGAAAUUGAAAUAUAGGUUCAGCGUAAAAAUAGUCAUAUUCCGACUGGCUAAAAAAGUUGGCGCUGAUGUAAUUUAUACAAUGUGUCCUGAAAACAUGAAAAAGUUGGCCGCAAGUGUAAGAAAGCAGAUAAACCGCGAAGAGGUGAAGCGAAAGUCGGGAGAGAGUCGCGCUUCGGAUGACCAAUCAGAAUUGACUGCUGACGAUGACGCAGCUUCUGCUAACACCAGAGUCUCAAAAGCAGAAACGAUUGCAGAUAUUCUCAGAGAGUUGGAAUCAUCGGACGAUGAAGUGCAAACGAAAGAGUCAAUGAUGACCCGGAAGACCAACAGAUCGAAGCGAAGUGUGUUCAUAAAUGAAGGAAAAGAUGGAAUUGUUGAUCUUGCUGAAAAGAAUUUCUCGAAGCAUUUGACGUCGAAAGCUCCGACAAAAGGCGAAGUCAAGAGGAACUCAAAAAGCACUGAACUGAAAUUUGCACCCGAUGGAAGGUUGUUACUAGUAGGCGAUGAUGGAAAACUAAUGGGAGUGAAUGGUAAGAAAACGAAACUCCCAGGAAUUACAGACGAUGAUGAAGACGACGAAAUUGACCCAGACGACUUGAAAGGCCGGCAGAUUGGAAUCCAAUCGGACACUUCAGACUCGGAAGACGACGAAGAAGGAGUAUCGGCAAAGAAAAGACGAAAGAAGGCGAUGUCUGUGGCAUCUUCGAAUCAAAGCUGGAAAACUGCGAGAUCUAAAAAGAGUGAAAAAGGAAAACGAUCGAAUGUUCCCUUUGAAACUGGAAAGACGUUUAAAGCUAAGAAUGCUAGAGGCGAUGUGAAUGUACGUGGGAAGCCCCAGCCGUACGCUUUUGUGCCCUUGGACGCGCAGGUGCUAAAUAAGAGAAAAGCGAAAAAAGUGGAAGGAAGACUGAAAGGACUGGUGAAGAGUUCAAAGAAAGGCGCCGGUAAAGGACUCAAAUCGAGGGUCCGAUCUAGUAAAAAUUGAAAAAAUGAAAAUGAAUUUAUUUUGUCAAAUUUAUUCUAUUUAAUCACACGUUGCGAAGGAUGUAUUAUCUAUUUAACUAAUCGGUUAUAUGAGGAAAACCCAAUG